GGCUGGCGGGAGGGGAGAGGGAGGCUAGAGGCUAGAUCGGAGCGGAGAGCCGCGUGUGUGGUGUGCGCGGCGGGGGGAAGGUCGGGUGGUGGGUGCUUGCAGGGUGGGUUGUGGGUUGCUGUGGGGGCGGACUGGACUGCUCCAUGCUUGUCGAGUCGAGUCGAGAACGCGAACGCUUGAUCCCCGCGCUGCUGCUGGUGCUGGCAGUGGCGGUCGCGGACGCCGGUGCUGAUGUCAAUUUUCAAUGCCUUGGUGCCUACCAGGUAGCUACUCCUAGCUUAGGGAAGGAGGAGGAGGCUGUAUGUUGCUGUCUUGUUCGGCGCCUGCGCUGUCUCUCUACCUACCUAUGCACCUAGGAGUACACUAUCUCCCCGCCAUCCCACUAACCCCCCCAUCUGCUCAUCACUCCACGCCCCUCCCUCCCU